AUGGGAGAUGAGAUGACUGCACAAGAGGCAAUGAAUGGCAGGGAACGCGCACAGACCUGCGAUCACAGGCGGCACCAUGGAAACGGAAGGGCCGCGGGUAGUGAAGCAUGCUGCACACUUGAGGUGAUCAGGACGAGAAGUCUGGACGACCGGGCAUCAGGCGAUGCACGAGCAGCGUAUGCACGCAAGAGGAGACGCAACAAGACGGGACAGGAGAUUAUAGGGAAUGGCGAGAAGCACACGCCUGCGCUGUGUGAUAGAGCGCGAGGUGACCGGGGCUCGUUCUCCGUCGUGCUCUCGCGCUCGUCCGCGGCAACCACGCCCACCACACGCUCCCGCAUACCGCCGGCCGGCGUCUUGGAGGGGCGCCGUCUGGGAGGAGCGUGGAUGGCCGGCGUCGUGGUGUCGGGAUUCCUGCCGCCAUUCUCGAGCAGGGCACAGGGUGAUGCCGCGCGCGCAGGGGCCGAGGACGUGCUCGGGCCCCGCGCCCACCACAAGACACGAAGGCCCCUUGACGGCGCUGGAGGAGAGGACGUCUGGCGUGUUGGACUGGCAGGCGGAGCGCAUGUUAAGGACCGGGAGCGGGCGGGCGGCGGUGGCAGCGACGGGCUGUGGGAUGGCGACGCGGCGCUUUGUCGCGCACUGGGACGCUGGCGAGACGGGCCUGGUGGACGCGAGAGAGCGUGCGCGUCGACGGAGCACGCGCUGACCGGGCCGCGGUGCCUGUGGGGAGGGCGUGACCGUGUGGGACAGGACAUUGUCACUGCCAACUGGGGAAGGAGCAUCGCGGCGGAGGUGGUUGACGUGUUCGUCGACCAAUGGGACGGCGGCUUGCGAGGAGGCCGCGGCGUGCGCCACGGCAGAAGUGACGCGUCGGGAGCGACACGCUUGACGUGGACGUCGCCGGUCGCAGAAGGUGGUUUCCUCUUUGGGACCCUGUCUCGAUCGACGGCUCAUGGCCUCCUCGCCACUCGUGUAUGGUCGGUCCUUUCUGUGCAUAUCCAACGCCGGCGUCGACGCAGACAAGUCCAGCUUUCCUCUCUCCCUCGAACACCUACCUUUGUCUCACUCCCGGGUGCCGACGAGCGUCCCCAGUGUCGCACGUCCUUGGGAACCAGCGCGCGUUCGGUCAAGGCGGUGAUCGGCCGGGGCGUCGGUGCCCGGAUCAGGGCUAGGACCUCCCUCGAACGUCUGAACGCCUGUCAUGCGGCGUCAUCCAGCAUGCCGGCGUCGGUCGCUCUCGCUACAGACGACGUCUAUCUACCUGAUAGCGACGACGACCGGGGUGCGUUGCGCAAGUGGCCGGUCUCCCGCACACGCACGCCCGCCGUCACCUCAGCUACAUCGCAGCCCGCUACUCACACGUCGAGACGGCAUACCACCCGCGCACAGAACACAAUGCGCGCGCGCGCCGCAGACCGCUCUGCGCACACACCAGCCAACGCUGCGCUGCCCGACAAAGCCUCGCAUGGGUGCCUCGACGACGGCGUCCUCAGCGUCUCACCCGUCGACAGUCAAGAGCCGACUUGGGGCGUACCUGGCAACGCGGACCCGGCCUGCACGCUGCCUGCACAAGUGCGACGGCCGGUCGACGUGACGCAGCAGAAACGACCCCGCGUCACGCCCCUAGAAAAGAAAUUCGGCCGGACGGCCGGGAAACAAGCAUCAGCAGGCACGCUGCCACACAGCACACCAGGCGGACGCACACACAGCGUCUCCGUGUUCGCGCGAGCACCGCGGCCGGCCGCGAACGCGCUGGCCACGGCAACUAGUCUGGUCAAGGAACCUGAGGUUAGCGCACUACAAGUGCCGGCGGACGCGUGCGGCAGGACGGCGUACCGGCUGUAUGCAGAACGCGCGCGCGCUGAACGGUCGGGAUUGGUUUCCUGCACGGCGGCCCCGUCCGUGUCCUUCGCAAUCAACGUGGGCAGCGUCCUUUUGGAUGCGUGCGACGGGCCUACUUGCGCGGAUCGGCUGAUGCGCCAUGCACCACCUCCCGCCAUGCCCGUACGCCCCCGUCCCCGGCCGACCAGUCGUUUGCAAGCGGCACAGCGCGGUCAGCACCAUGCACAACGGCCGGCCGCGACAACUCACCUCCGCACGGUAGCUGCGCAGUCGAAGGCUCACGAGAAGGCAGCUCAGCGGGGCAAGAAUGUAGACGACACCCGCGUAUGCGUGCGCUUCUUCCAGGCCCCUGUUUCCCCCGCUUCACCGUGA